GGGUGAUUUGAAACGUUUUCAUGCAUAAACAUGAGAACGUAUGCUGUGUUCUACAAGGGAUACCUCAAACUCUUGAUAGCUAGUUUGUGGAGCAUGAUUUGCCUGAUAUUCAGAAGGCACUUAAAAACAGCAUUAAAAUACCAAAGUGUGAAAUAUGAUAUUGUUCCUUUAUCUCCCUUAUCUAAGUACCGGUUGUGUACAUUAAGACGAAAAGUUAUGGUAUUAGAUUUGGAUGAGACACUGAUUCAUUCAGUACACGAUGGGAUAAUGCGGCCAACGGUCAGACCAGGAACACCUCCAGAUUUCGUUCUCAAAGUUUUUAUUGACCAUCAUCCCGUUCGCUUCUCCGUUCAUAAACGACCGCAUGUUGAUUUUUUCCUCAAUGUGAUAAGCCAGUGGUACGAACUUGUAAUAUAUACAGCUAGUCUUGAAAUUUACGGGGCAGGAGUAACUGAGUUGCUCGACAAUGGACGCCAUAUUCUUCAGAGACGAUUUUACAGACAGCAUUGUACAUAUGAUAAUGGCAGCUAUUCAAAGAAUCUUUCCCUAAUUACCUCUGAUAUGGCUUCUGUAUUCAUAUUAGACAAUUCUCCAGGGGCCUAUCGAUCAUAUCCUGGUAAUUUUGUGUAAUUUAUUACCAUAUUUCAACUUCAUCUGUUGUCUAGCUUGUUUUCGAAGGAAAUUUAAGGUCCUUUCAAAUUUGAGUCGUUGUUAAACGUUUGUUUGAUAAUUUUUGCAAUCUGACUUCACGUCCGUGUCAGACAAUUUUUAUUUUCCACAUAUGAAGAGUCGGUUAAAUAACCUGUAGUUGAGUUUCGUCCAUCUAUUAACAACGGGACAGUGAUAACAAAGAUUGCUUAUAUUGAUGUAUUUCACCCCAAUUUUUACUAGGAAAAGAUAUAACUCGUUGCACCAUGAUACAACCUUCUAGAAGUAAGGUUCUUCUGAUUAUAUUCAAUGACUAACCUCAACUAAUCAAUGCAUAUACAUUAUCAUGUUAGUGUUAUAAACUUCAGUAAUGCGAAAUAAUUACUAUACGCACUGUCGCUGAUGGCAAGCUAAGCGCAAUGUAUGUAAUGAGUAUAUUAUCACAGACCGAUGAAAAUGAUGUUAUUAAGCCCCCCACUCCCACAUUGUGUUUAUUCAAAGAACUUUCAGUAUGUUGACGAUUGACUCAACGAUACUUUCAUUUGUAUCCAGUAUCAGAAGACAGUUCUGUCCAACAAAAGUAAAGCGACUCUUAUAUCAAAUAACAAUCACUGCAUGAGUGUUAUCAACCACCUUGUGAAGGGUUAGUGUUUUUUUGGCGAGUUAGUUUUCUACGGGAUGGGGUCGUUAACCCCAUGCCCAACCUUCCUCCUUUAUCCGGGCCUGGGACCAGCAGUAGCCCUCAGAGGGGCUCCAGGCGUAGUUGUAAUGAAUGUACACAACAUUUAAAUGAAAUACUCUCUGUUUUUCGCUGGUAGUCUUUCACGCGUUUCUCACAGAUCUGCACUGUAUGACGAAAGUAAAUAUUUCAGACAAUUUAUAUCAAAUCCCUACCCUUUUUAAAACGAAUGCGACAAAGGUCUAAUUAUAGCUAAAUAUAUACUCCUAGGUUUAUACUUUUGGAAAUGUAAGUACAAACUGCUAAUCACACAUAAACUUCAAUGAUUUCAUUUCAACGUACCAGAUAUUUUCAAAUGACCAAGUCUCUUCCUCGACAGAAAUAUAUCCAUCUUUGUAAAAAAAAGCUUGAAAAUGGUUCUUCAGUUCCGAUGUACUGUACCAUCUUAUUGGUUGAAGCUUUCUCUAAACACUUGCAUCAUCGAGCAUAAUAAUGUUCAGCUGUCAAACAUGCUCAACAUAUUUUGACCAGAGUUGUUACGACGGUAAAUCAGUUAAAAUAUCUUUUGAAGUCUUUUACUCAGCUUCCCAAGUAUAUUUAGUUGUCAUCUAUCACUGUGCCGUCAAUCUCAGAAGUGAAUUAAGAGAGUGUCAUUACAAACACUUUAUUUGUUACGGUCAUUUGAUAAAUAAGUUCAGAGUGUAUUGUUUGGAUAUAGGGAUAAAGUUAUUUCGUUGGCAAAAGUAACUAUGCCACUAUAGCUUCAAUCUACGUUAUGAUAACGGUUGGUUACAUAUCAUUGUUAACACCUAUACGUUCUUCUAAAAUUGAUAUUUCUACUGCUUUGUUUGUUUUUCAGUUAAGAAAUAUUAAUAUGCUUAUAUCAUUAUUAGAAAUAGUUUGAAUUAUCUUGUUGAUAUUUAGGACUGGAUUUUGAUCAGUAUUUGUUGGUGUAUGUGCAUCAUGUAUGGAUUGCCUCGAUACAAACAUGAUGACACAAGUUAUUCAUUUUAGAUUAAUUGUUGUUAGUAAUGAAAUCCUAGUGUGAAUAUCAACGGUAGGAUGCUGUCCAUCCAUCUGACGAGUCCCAAACAGGACGAAAUGUGGGUCCUUGAUCCAACUCCUAGUCACAACUCAUCUGUUUUAUCAAUAUUCUUUUGUAGGUGUCAUUACCACGGUUUGAUUUGAUAAUUUCGAACAAAUUGAGCAUUACACUAAGUCACGAAACGUCAGAAAAUCCUAUUUUCUACUCAUUGGGAUAUUACAAAUAUAUUAUUUUUAUUUAUAAUAUUCUUUUGGUUUAUUUAUUUGCUUAGAGUUAUUGGACUUUUACUAGUCAUUGUCUCUUUGUCGUGUAGUAGUAGUCAAAUGGCUCGGCUUCCAUUCACUAAGUCUCAAGUUCGUACCCCGCUCUACCCACAUCUGUUUGGGUAGCUGGGUUGUAUCAUUAAUUCUUACACCUUGAGUGGCUUAUACUCAAAUACCUAGUGAAUGAGUCGAUUUAAUAAAUUUAUUUUUAUCUCUUAUUUUGAUGCUUAUCCAUCUUUAUUUUAAUACCUACAGAUAAUGCUAUUCCGAUUCGGUCGUGGUUUUCCGAUUCACGUGAUACAGCCCUUCUAUGUUUGCUACCAGUACUGGAUGCUCUUAGGUUUGUGAGCGAUGUACGUUCAGUACUAAGUCGUAAUUUACACAGGCCCCAAUCCAUACUACCUUAACACUAACACAUACAUACAUGUUCUUUUGUCCAAAUACCUGAUUACCUUUUUGUUUGACCAGAUUUUUUAGGUUCUAAUUAUUAUUAAUACUUAGUUGUAUAUUCGACUUCACAACUCUCAUUUCAGUUAAACCUUUCUAGUGCGUUAAUCUUUAUACUUAGAAUUUUAUCAGACUAUAUAAUGUGUACAUGUUUUCUAAUUUCAUUAGGGCUCCCUAUCUAAUAGACUCAGUACUGUGUUUUGGAUUAUUAUUCUCAAUAUCUUUCUGUGUUUGCUACGUUUUUAUUCAUGUUUUAAAGCUUUAUAAUCUUUUUGUCUCCAGUCCACUGUAUUGUCUGCACAACCCUACUCUAUUUUGCAUCUGUUGUUUGAUUCCAGUUAAUGAAUAACUUUAGGGAGGUGUUGUGCAAAUUAGUAUGUAUACUCUACUUUUUCUGUGUACGCCUCAGUUAAUAUGAAAUAGGUACAAUUGAUUUACUAAUACACUACUAGAAUAACAUAUUCUAUUGUCCUUGUGAGCUAAAAUUGUAUUAUAUUUUGAAUACUUUGUUUCUUAUACUUUUCAGUAUUAUACCUGUUGUUAUCUUAAGAAUUCCCUUCAUGUCUGAUUCCAGUCUCUCUAUUUUCUCCUUUUUCUUCUAAUGAUAAAUACAGUUAUUUAAACUUAAUUAUUACCUCAAUUCUACCAGCUUUCUUGUGUGUGUAAAUAAUAAAUAUACAAUUUAUUUCUUACUGUAAAUUAGCUUUCUUUUUGCGGACAUAUUUAAACUAUACGUUGGAGUGGCCUAACGGUCUAAGGCGCCAGACUCAGUAGUGUUCUUCUGGGUGUUCUGGUCCACGAUGUGGGCGUUGUUUCGAAUCCCACCCUCGACACAUACUUGCCCCCAAAUGCCCUGGUACGACCGAGGGUGGGGAGAGUCAGCUCUUCCUCUCGAG